CUCCCACGGCUGUUGAAUGUCGUCCAACGUGACGUUGCGGUCAGCUGGGGCGUGCGUUGCGUAACCUACAUAGUUGGACCGGGCUCUUCAUGUAGUCUCUUUUCAAACAUUUGGUUGAACAUAGGGUCCGCAGCUGGCUUCCUGGAAAUUUGAAGAUACCUACUGUCUCAGUCAUCAUCUCAGUAGCCAGAAAUGGCCCAGCUUGCACAAAACAGAGACCUGGAGACGGACGGCUACAUGGACUGGUCCCACAUCAAGAAACGCGAAGACUCGUUUCUGGCCUCAGAGUGGGCCAAGCAGGUGUCUGCGCUCAAGCUGGCCCGGGCCGGGUUCUACUACACAGGCUCUGCCGACCGUGUCCAAUGCUUCAGCUGUAGGAAGACGGUUGAGAACUGGUGCACAGGGGACCAGCCGGUAGAAAGACACAAAGAGGUUUCUCCCUCGUGCCAGUUCCUCAGAUGCGCCCACCGAGCUGUUGCAAACGGCCUGCCCAACAACGGCAUCCCCUACAGCGAGGAGGAGGAAGACCUGCAGUACCGCCUGAGGACGGGAGAGGUGGUCGACGAGACCACGUAUCCCAUGGUCCCCCACAUGUGCAGCGAGGACGCUCGCCUGCAGACGUUCCAACCGUGGCCCUCCAGCGCCCCCGUGAGGCCCAGGGCGCUUGCCCAGGCAGGCCUCUUCUACCUGGGGGAGAGAGACCGGGUGCAGUGCUUCUGCUGCGCGGGCAUGAUGGGGGGCUGGGAGGCCGGGGACACCGCCUGGGGGGAGCACUCCAAACACUUUGCCAACUGUUUCUUUAUCCUCGGUCACGAUGUGGGCAACGUGCCGUCCCAGGGAGGAGCCGCCGCCGAGGAAGAGGAGGGGGAGGAGGAGGAAAGGGUGGCGCUAAGGGGGAGUGGUGUUAUACCACUGCUUAGCCCCAGUAAGCCAAUGGGAAGCUUUGAGGAGAGACUGGAGAGCUAUGCAGGGAUCCAGCAUCCGAUCGACUCUAGGAUGCUAGCCAGAGCUGGCUUCUACAGCACAGGAGGUGGAGACCGGGUUGUCUGUUUCCAAUGUGGGGGAGGGGUCAAAAACUGGCUACCUGAUGAAGAACCCUGGAUGGAACACGCAAAACACUACCCUGGAUGCCUUUUCUUGCUGUCAGAAAAGGGACAGGAUUUUGUCAAUCAAGUGCAGCUACAGGAGCCGCGACGGAAUGGAGCUGCUUCAUCGCAGAAUGGCUUUUCAAGACAACAGAAUGAUGUUCUCAAAUCGGAGAUGGCCGCAGCAGCUUUGGCCAUAGGUUUGGAUCCUGUAACCGUGGAGAGGACGAUUCGUGAUCAACUCUGCAGGACGGGAUCGGAUUACCCCAGCGUGGAAGCACUUAUCCAAGAUUGUCUCAACAACCCCGCGACUCGUUCCACGUCCGAAGAAGAGGACCCCAGUGACAUACUCCAUCGGCUUCAGAGGGAGAAGCAGUGUAAGAUUUGUAUGGACCGAGACAUCUGCAUGGUUUUCAUCCCUUGUGGUCAUCUGGUGUCCUGCAGUGAGUGCUCCCAGUCACUCGGCAAGUGUCCAAUCUGCUGUGCCUCCAUCACUCAGAAGGUCAAGACCUACAUCGCCUAACCAGUCCUGGCAACAGUUUUCUCUUUCUCUCCGACUCUCUCCAUGUUUAUGCUGCUCCUUAACGUUAUAUUUUCUGACAUAUAUUCUUGAAAAUUGUGUGUAUAUAAAGAUAUAAUAAUAUUUUAUGUGUGUGCGUGUGUAAGGGGUUCUGUGCUUCUUAGCUGAGUAUAUUUUCAUAAUGAAAAUCUUCUGUUCUAUUUUAUAUAAUGUACAGACUAGCAGAUUGGUAAACUUUGAUUUGUUCUGCAACGUAUAGGUGAGAGGACAAUAAUUCAGAUUAAGACACUAUCCUUAUGUUUUUGCCUGAUGUGCCUUCCGCUGGGUUUAUUUAUUUUAAUCUGUCCAUAUUGGUAGAUUUAAACAUGUUAAAGCAAAGAUAAUUUGGUUUGUAAUAAAUUAAUAAAGGCUUUGUUUUGUAUAUGUAAUCAGGUAAGUCCCAUCAUGCAACUGUGGAUUUCAAAUUAAACAAUUCAAUGAA